AUGGAGAGUAACCAAGCUCCUGCAUUCAGCCAUAGAACCCACGAUUAUGUGGUCAAUGAAUAUGAAACCAAAGACUUCGUUGCGGGGAGAACUCGUUCAAGUGAGGGACUAUGGCGCAAAGUUCACACGAAGGGUUUCGACGCUGUCAUUUGGGAAUUUAACCCUGGAACAAUACAGAGGCCAUACCCUUUCUACGCACCUUGUCCCGCGGGUCCAGGUGCGAAACGGCUGCCGGCCUACAUCAGGAUCGAGGCCAAAAACAAAGAGCAUCGAAGUCUAUUCCAAAACCAUCUUAAGAAAGACUUCUUUGUCUCGCUCUUUGCCCUCAUUGUCCUGGGUUCUUCACAAGAAAUCAACUGGUCACGAGAGACUAAGGAAAUGGAAUCCGAGUCUGAACUAUCAGCGUGGCAGAAAUCGGAAGAAGAGUUCUUGAAACGCACAAACGACUGGAAACCUCACUUUAUGGAGGGGUUUCCAAAAAUCCCUGUAAGAACCGAGUCCGGCGAUAUUGACACAGUCCAACUAUCGAAAGAAUGGCAGGGCUGGCACGAUAUCCUUCCUCAGAUGGGCGUUCUUGACACUGCUUCAAAGCACAGAGGAAAACCUGUGCGCCAUCUCAAUAUUUCGCUUACAUCGCCAAUCCUCAUCAAGCCGUUGAAAGGUAGUCAUGAGGCCAUGAUAUCGAAGAGGUUCUCUAUGACUCCGGAUAAGUUUUUCCAACGUCUCAUCGACGUUAUCCACAAUACUUCCGAUCCAGACUCCCAAGAUCCCAAUCAUUAUCCAUGGAAGCUUCAGAUCCACCCAGAACAAAAACAGGAGGGCUACAUCAUGACGUCCCACGAUCCUUUCAACCUUUAUGAGACUUAUAUCCACCAGAAGGACUGGGAUACAUACAUGGAAUCACUGGAGAAAACAGGAUCCUCAAUUCGGCCUUUUCCACGCGUCAACCAGAAACUAUACGAUCUCUGCAACGGCAUUAUGCUUAAAGUCGGCGGCGCUGACAUCGCCCUCCAGGCAUCCAUGAAGAACGAAAGCGGGAAGAGUCACGAUUCAGAGGAUGAGGACUUGAAAAAUCUCAAGGAAAAGUAUCCAAAGAAAGUGCCUCGACCCUUCAACAACCUCAAGGCGAAAGCACGCGCCCUGGCUGAGAAGAAACGGGAGAAGAGGAAGAAGAGCGUUAAGGCUUUGAACAAGGUAUAUGAAGUCGGGUGUGGGACAGCAAUUCUGCGGAAUGAUCUCGAUGUUGACAAGAUCCAACGGGCUGCUGGGAAACGGCCUGAUGAAGCGAGCCAGAAGGAGAUCAUGGGAGGUGUUUCAGCGACAGAGUGGCUUCAUCUUUCAGCUUUUUCCUGGGGAGGUAUCAGCAGUGACGACGAUCCAGAAGGGUUCUCCACAAGCCAGAACUUCGAAAACUUGGUCUUUGGAACAUCCGAGACCAACUCGCUCAUGACGAGAUACGAGACGGCCUGGCAGAGAUUCUUCCUCGCUGAGUCUGAACUCGCUGGUUCUGGUGCAGAAAUCACUGGCACGCUGGAUAUAUGCUGCAACGAUUAUAACAGCCCCAUACUCUGGGAUGUAUCCACGGGCUCUGGGCAAUUCAGAACUGGAGUCCUGAGAUUCACAAAGAAGGACCUGGAAGCCAUGAAGAAAAACGGGUUCAACUCGAACAAAUACCUCUCUACAAAGGAAAAGAGACUAACUGACAGCUAUAUCAAGUAG